CAAGCAAUCUCUCUCUCUCUCUCUCUCUCUUUAGAAAACUAAAAAGCCAGAAUAUAAAACAUUCCACCUUUCUGCAAACUUCAGAAAAGAGCUGAGAGAUCAUCAGCAGCAGCAGAGAAUUACUAAUUAAAAGAGCAUAUAUAAAUGAGACCACCGCCAACAGUGGGGCUGUCAGCGGUGGAAGUAGCUGAGGUUAACCUCAUCCACCUUUCUCCGCCACUGCUUUCACCUCCAGCAGGGCCAACGACAUGCGACUCCCACGCCUGCCGCUGGUGGCCUUACUCCGGCUCAAAAGAAUUCGAGGCCAACGCCGCCAUGAUAAUCAUCGUCCUCCUUUGCGCUCUCAUUUGCGCGUUGGGUCUUAAUGCUGCCAUCCGCUGCUUCCUCCGCGGUGGCAGCACCAACCCUUCCGAUCGUCAGAACAACAGCGCUCCUCAGAGACAACAGGAGUUGGUUGAUGUUCAGCAGAAGAGCAAUGUGGCAGCGGCUAAGUGCUUAGAGGCGGCUCCGGCGGUGAUUUACACGGCAGAGAUGAAGGCGAAGCUGGCAGGAGUGGAGGCGGAGUGCGCCAUUUGCUUGUCGGAGUUUGAGGAGGGGGAAGGGAUUAGAGUGAUAGGCAGGUGUAAACAUGGUUUUCAUGCUCAGUGUAUUCAGGAAUGGUUGUCUUCUCACUCCUCUUGUCCCACGUGCCGACGCACGUGCCUUCCUCAGUCUCCGUCUCAGUCACCACCACCUCCGCAACCCGCCAGGGAUCACAGUUCCGAACAAAAUCCUAUGCCGGAAAGCGGCCCGUAGCGGCUUUGUUCUUACUGAGUUUGGCCAAUGUACACAUGUAUGUAAAAUGCAACUAGUUCAAGAGUUGAAGUUUUUAUCCA